AAUAUAAUUUUGCUCUGAAAUUAAUUUUACUUUUGUUUUCAGGUCGGUCCCUGGAACUACUGCGGCAGAAUGCGAGUCUAACCUGAAGAAAAUUUAUACUGUGCAAACUGUACAGAGUUUCUGGAGUGUCUACAAUAACAUCCCUGCAGUGACUAGAUUGUCUUUGCGUUGUAGUUACCACCUAAUGAGAGGAGAGAGACGGCCGCUGUGGGAAGAUGAGAGUAAUGCCAAAGGAGGAAUGUGGAAAAUGAAAAUUUCAAAAGAGCAUACUCCUGCUGUUUGGAAAGAAUUAUUACUGGCCACGAUUGGUGAACAGUUUGUAGAUUGCUGCACUGUAGAUGAUGAGGUAGUUGGUGUCAGUGUCAGUGUUAGAGACCGUGAAGACAUUGUUCAAGUUUGGAAUGUAAAUGCUGCUGGGGCAAAUGAAGUAACUAUUACACAAAAGAUUUAUGAGCUUGUCCCAAAAGUAACCUUCAAGGCAGUGUUUUAUAAACCUCAUGUGGAACAUCAUGCUUUCGAACGUGGUCGUGCAAAGCCAUAGCAAUUUCACAGCAAAUACUUAAUUACAAGUGUUGAGAUUGUAAUUCUAUGUAAAAUUAGUGUCGGACUCUGAUCACCGCUAAGGUGAAUUCCAGUAGAACAUUGAUAAAAUAGCAAAAUCAGGUGACUAAUUCUGAAAAACAGCAAGUGAAAAAUUGACACUUUUGUUGCGAAUGUGUGACUUGCAAUAAUUUCUGUAUUAGGUUUAAAAAGAAAGGCAGAUGUGUUUCUCCACUAUUGAUUUGAUUUUCAUUAUUUUAAUGUUAAGUUAUAUUUUGCUUUUGACUGCAUUCCCGUUUUAAGAAUGAAAAUUAUGUUUUAACUGUUUGUACUGUAUUUGACAGCAUUACUAAUGAGCAUAAUAGACCUGCUGCUUAAUCUCAAAGAAAAAUAAUCAAAAUAGGAAAUGUUGAUACACACGUUGAAGUCAAAUCUGGUUCAUUGCCGUGUUCUUAAUAGAUCAUAAUUUGUUCCUUUUGGAAUAUUGAUUGCACUGCAUUAUUAUGGAAAUCACCAUAACUUUGGUUAUGUGGUUGUCUUGCACUGAUAGACACGGUUCCAUCAGAAAGUAGUGCAAAUUGUGCAUAAUUUGUUUUCUACUUCACUUUUUCAUUGUACAUCUUCGUAUAUUGACUGUAAUUUUGCACACAUUUAAGUCAUAACAUGGAAGUGCUGGCCCUCAGUUAAUUAAGAAUCUAAAGCAGUAGCAUGUGUGCUAGUUUACGUAUAUCACUUACUAAAAUCUUAGUGGUGGUUGGCUAAGAAAUGGUUGCAAAUUAUUGGUUUCAACACUAGUUUAGCUGUCCACAAUGAGCAUGUGAUGAAGAAGUUGGUUUUGCCGGAUGCAGUAUUUACUGUAGUCAGUGCAUUGGUGUUAUUUGGGAUUGUGUUUUUCAUUACUACAGAGCCAAAGAAUUCUAAUGCUGUUUUGAGAGCAUUGGGGGGAAGAGGUGGGGGGAGGGUAGGUUUUGGACUGAAAGCUCCAAAUCUUCAAAUGCCACCGCAAAAAAAGAUAAAAUAAGAACUGCACAAAAAUAUGGUGUAAAUGUGGGUGUUUACUACAGGAAAUUCCACAGUGUAUAAAUUCGGUCAUACUCCUAAAGCUGUUUUGAUUUGCCUUGAUACGUAAUGCGAUCAUGAUCAUUAUUAUUCAUAGGAUGAAACAUUUUGAAAAGAUCAUAGGGGUUUCCCACAUGUCAUCAUGAUUACUGAACAAUGAAAUAAUUUGUUCAAUAAAAUCAAGAAUUCUGCUUGUCUGAACCCACAUAUUGUGGAGACACAUGCAUUUCUGAUCAUCAAAAGUUGUAUUAUCUGUAAAGAUGAAAUUCCCAUGUCUUUAACCAUGUUAUAAAUCACUGCAUUUCAAUCUCAAUUUAAAUAACCAACAUCGUCAUUGUAGCCAUAUGUUUUUCCCCUUGCAUCCUUGUAAAUUAAAAACAACAACAUAUUUGUAAAUGUGAACCAUGCAUUAGAUUUUAAAAUUUAAUUUUACAUUUAUAACAUACAUAGAAAAAAUCUAUAGUGCUGCAUAAUCCAUAUUACGUAGCAUCAAAUCAUGACUUUGUGCAUUUAUACACGAAGGAUCAUGUUUUACUUGUGACAAAGCAAGAUUCUUCAAAAUUACCACAGCUUUCCUGCUGUCGUUUCUUGAGCACUGAUUCUACAAAAUACCAGUCUGCAUUGUUUUUCCUCAACUACCCAGGUCUGCACAUGUAAAAUGGAUUAAAGCACAACCUAUUUUUAUAGCAUUCAGGAUAAACUGAUAAAUCACAACUGUGAAUAGUGUAUACUUCAGUACAUAUGAAAACAAACUGAUUUUUUUCAUGAAUGAAUGGAUCACAAAAGCAUAUUGUACUAUUUUAACCUGUUUUUCAUAUAGGAAUUGAAGUUUUGUGAUGCCCAGAUAUAAAUAUUGUCUAUCUCUAGGUAUUUAAGACCAGAUCCAAUGCAAAUCAGGUCAGCAACUGAUGAAUUUCAAAUUGUAUUUUCUUCUGACUGGAAAAUAAAGAUAUUUUUAAAUGUAUUAAUCAUAGCUGACUAUUGCACUGUAACAACACCACGUCAGCUUCAACUAUCCAUGGUCAAUGUUCUGAAGCAUACAUGAUAUUAAAGUCCCAAAUGAUUUUCUUUUUAUGUAUAAAUUCAGAAGACACUGCUGGAGAUAGUGUUAUUUAGCCUUGGUGGGUAUCUAGAAAGCAUUGUUUUAUACUUUUUCUAAAAUUAAUUUGUUUAGAAUGAAAAUAUAAAUUGAUAUUUUAAUUCCAUUAACAUGGGGAUCAGAAGAUAUGACUUAAGAGUCUGACAGAUGGUGUGAAAGUUGAUUUAAAAGCAGACAAUGUUGAAAACCGCCUUUGACCUGAAACAUGGUUUCUUUCUCCACAGAUGCUGCCUGAUCCACUAAGUGGUUCCAACAUUUUCUGCUUUUAUAUCUGAUUUGCAGAAUUUUUAUGUUAAAUUAAUGUAAAAGCUGGUACCAUGUGUGCUCAAGGUUAUCAAAAAUGCUACAGAUUUGAUAUUUAUAUUUUGUAAUCCUAUUAGUACUGCCGUACUUGUAUGCCAUUUAUGAAUUUUGCUUGUUCAUUUGGCAUCUAUUGAAUAAAAAGAAAUAUGCAUUACU